AUGGGCAUUGACGUUUAUAAAGCUAAAGAAAAUUUACACAGAACCCAAAUACCAUUUUCUAUGAACAUGUCAGAAAUUCGUGACAUGCCAAUUAAUAGUGAAAAUGAAACAGGCCAAAUUCUUGACACCCCAUCUAAUAUCACUGUAAAUGAACGUCAGUUUCGACGUUUCGCAUUACGAUUGGAAUCAAUUUUACGGGAACAAAAAGAUAAAGAAAAUAAAUUGGAUCCAGAGAUUGAUCACAUUGAGACGAUAACACGAAGGUUUAACGCAUUACAAGAAAAAACAAAAGGCACCAGAAGGUCUUUUCAAGGACUAAAUCAGCCACAAGUGAAUGCUUCUAGAAGGUUCUCGGGAGAGUACCCUUGGCAUUUUCUGCAUGAUCAAAAACCCAGGGCUUAUGCAUUAAUGGAAACUUUCCUUUACAUUUGCCGUUCUAAAUUACCUUUUACGCAGGUCCUCAGAAAUAAAUAUCUCGAUACAAGAAAAUAUAAAAUUGGAUACAUAUUUGCUAACAUUAGAACAAUCAUGGAACAGAUGCAAUGGCUGUAUAAUGCGAUGGUGCGAUCUUUUGAUAACUUCGCUGUCUUCGUUACGUAUAUCCACUUCCUUCAACUAUAUGAAAGUAUGAUAAGAUAUCAGCUAGACGUCAGAGAUCUUAUUGACUAUUUGACAAGAUUAGAAUAUGAUCGAAAAUUAAUAUACGAUCCAGAAUAUUAUGAUGAACGUCCAUGGAAGCCAUUUGACACUGAGCCCUGA